AUGAAAAUCAUAUCAUCGGUAAUGUCGGCCGUCUAUCGCAAGUCACUGGUAUUGAGUAACAGUGCCAAACAACUGGCCAGUUAUGGUGACCUAACUAACCUAAUGGCUGUCGAUUGUCAACAUAACUUUCAUUGGUUAGCCUAUACAGUGUGCAUACCGUUACAAAUACUGCUGACAACCGGUCUAUUGUAUACGGAAUUUGGUUUGUCAUCGCUAGCACUCAUAAUGGUUGUCCCAAUCAUACUAACCAUUCAAUCAUUGUUAACCAAACUGGCAGUCAAUAUGGAAACUAAACAAUUGAAACAUUUGGACCAUAGAAUCGGUUUGACUAAUGAAAUACUAAAUGGCAUUAAAAUACUUAAAUUAUACGGAUGGGAACAACCAUUUAGUUCAAUGAUAACCAAAUUACGUGAUCAGGAGUUACUUAAAAUCCGAAAAAUUUAUUUCAAUUUGGAUGAACAUAACAACUAUGUGACCAAUAAUAAGGAUAUCAAUGAUAAUAAUAAUAAUAUUGUUGAUAUAAAUGGGGCAACACUUUCGUGGGACACACCUAACAGUGAAACCAUUGGUGACGAUGAUGUUAUAAACGACUAUACAUUAAAUCAAAUUGAUUUGCAUAUCCGUGAGGGUAUGUUUGUGGCCAUAGUAGGCGAUGUAGGUUCAGGUAAAAGUUCACUGUUGUCGGCCAUUAUCGGCGAUAUGAAACUAAUUGCGGGUACAGUUAAUAUCAGAUCCAAUGUUAGUAUAGCUUAUGUACCACAACAGGCAUGGAUACAGAAUGCAACCAUCAAACAGAAUAUUAUGUUCGGAAAGCCGUUCGAUGAGGAACUGUAUGACCGGGUAAUAGAUAGCUGUGCUCUCAGACCUGACUUAAGACAACUGGCCGGCGGAGACCAGACAGAGAUCGGCGAAAAAGGUGUGACACUGAGCGGCGGUCAAAAACAAAGAGUCAGUUUAGGCCGAGCCGUCUAUUCCGGUGCCGAUCUAUACCUACUCGACGAUCCACUUUCUGCAGUGGACAGUCAUGUGGGCAAACAUUUGAUGACUGAAGUGUUAGACUCGAAAACCGGUAUUUUGGGUUCAAAAACCCGAUUGUUGGUCACAAAUCAAUUGUUUAUGUUAGCCGAUUGCGAUCUAAUAGUUGUCCUGAAAGCGGGAAAAAUAGUAUCGACCGGUACUUAUGGACAGCUAUUAAGUGAUUCCUAUAGAUUUUUAUACGCCCUGAGCAUCAUAAGCACCUGUAUCCGACUGCAUCGGCAACUAUUGGCCAGUGUUAUGCAUGCGCCCAUGGAGUUUUUCGAUACUACCCCAGUGGGUCGCCUAUUGAAUCGUUUCAAUAAGGAUAUGAAUCUAGUGGACAUCAAUUUGCCAGUUAGAUUUAGCUUAGAGUCCAUAAGCCGAUCGCCAAUAUAUUCACAUUUAGGCGAUACAAUCAAUGGUCUAUCAAGUAUUAGGGCCUAUGAUUGUAUGGAUAGGUUUAUACUGGAAUCGGACAAUAGGAUCGACCAAAACUUGCAGUGUAUCUAUCCGUCAAUUUUGGCCAACAGUUGGCUAUUGAUUAGACUACAAGUCCUAAGCAAUUUGCUUGUAUUGUUUGCUGCACUGUUUGGUGUCAUUGGUAAAGAUAGUCUAACCGGUUCGGACAUUGGACUGUCGCUGGCAAAUGCCAUUACAUUGACCGGUAUUUUAGAGUAUUUUAUCGAUACUUUUGCACAAACCCAGGGAUAUCUCGUUUCGUUUGAACGGAUAGACGAAUACUGUAGACUGAAAUCUGAAGCCAACUGGCAAUCGGGUCAACAAUUGUCCGAUAAAUGGCCAGAAAAAGGUUACGGAUACGGUACUCGCUAUAGACAGGGAUUGGAUUUAGUAAUCAAAGGUAUUGACAUCGAUAUCAAGUCCGGAGAAAAGAUAGGUAUUGUUGGCCGAACCGGAGCGGGAAAGUCAUCGCUAACACUGGCAUUGUUUCGACUUAUUGAACCAGCAAUGGGUCGUAUAGUUAUCGAUGGCAUAGAUAUCAGUCAAUUAGGUCUACACGAGUUGAGGUCGCGGCUGACUAUUAUACCACAAGAACCGGUACUGUUUUCGGGAACUAUUCGCUCAAAUUUGGAUCCGUUCGACAAGUUUUCCGACGACGAACUUUGGUCAGUGUUAGAACAGUCGCAUCUCAAAGAGUUUGUACUGUCGACUGAUGCCGGUCUCGACCAUCCGGUGACCGAAUCGGGUGAUAACAUGAGUGUCGGUCAGCGACAACUUGUAUGUCUGGCUCGGGCUCUACUCAGACACACGUCUAUCCUUAUCCUCGAUGAGGCCACGGCUGCCGUCGAUGUGGAAACCGAUUCACUCAUUCAGCAAACUAUUAGACAAUCAUUUAAGUCGUGUACUGUCCUAACGAUUGCCCACCGAAUCAAUACAAUCCUUGAUUACGAUCGGGUGUUAGUCCUAAGCGACGGACGGGUAGCCGAGUUUGACUCACCCGACCAACUGCUUGACGACAGGACAACCAUUUUCUACUCUCUAGCCAAAGAUGCCGGUGUUAUAUGA